AUGGCGGACCGACCGAUUGCCGCCGGCGACCCCGUCGUGCGGAAAUUCAAGGCUUCUGAGCUGCCUUUGCCGUCGGCCACUCGAGCGGCGAUCGAGUCCCUGGCGCAUAGCUUCAAGAAAGAAGGGGCAUACGACUCCAUAAGGAAACAGGUUUGGGACAAGUUUGCAGCCAGUGACUACGAGGCCCAAGUUACAAAGGCCAUCCUCGAGGUAGCAGAGCAAGAAGUCGAGCGCAAUCCUCAUCAGCUCCUCACGCUGGACCCCAGAAAGGCCGCGGCUCUGAUUGAUGGCGCGCUGGAACGGUCGGGGGUGUACGACAAGGCCAAGGACGUGAUUGGGGAGCUGAUUGACGUCGCCGCCAUCGAACGAAGCAUCAGGGAGACCAGGCGAGCCGAAAUCGGCGCGGAACUCGCCGCCGAGGAGCAGAAGCGCGGCGCCAAGACGGACGAAGAGUACGCUGCCGACACUGCCGCCAAGCAAGCCGAGCGUGAGAGGGUGCGGGAGGAGCUGAGGCAGAAGGAGGCGGCUAUUGAAGAGGAGAAGAAGCGCAUCGCCAGAGAAGAGCGCCGGCGGGAAGAAAAGGAGCGGGAGAAGGCCGAGCUCAAGCGUCAGGAAGAAAGGGAUGAGCGCCGCAGAAAGCGCGAGCAA